AAUUUUUCCACUUGUCAAACAGCGUAAGGUGACGUGGGGAUAUCAGAAACCGCCAAGUGUUUUCUUCCGAAUUCCGAUUUCCAAAACUAAAGAUAUUACGCCUUUGCCGGCAAUCUUGAACUAAAAUGAACAGCCAUCGUAGUGUGAAGUCACUUUUCUUUUUCUUCCUGUGCAUUUCCGUUUCUUUAGCUGUAGAAUUGACUUUUGAAUUGCCUGAUAAUGCAAGAGAAUGUUUCUACGAAGAGAUCGAAGCGGGUACAGACUUUACAGUUGAAUUUCAGGUUGUCACUGGUGGCCAUUAUGACAUUGAUUUUGAAUUAAUCGCUCCUAACAAAGAAGUAUUAUACAGAGAAGUCAAGAAACAAUAUGAUUCGUUUUCCAAGAAGGCAGACAUUAGAGGUGUUUAUGCAGCAUGCUUUUCCAAUGAAUUUUCAACAUUCUCCCACAAAUUGGUGUAUGUUGAUUGGCAAGUCGGAGCAGAAGAUCCAUUGCCAGGAGUUGGCGAACACCUGACUGCUAUGACACAGAUGGAAUCAUCAUCUCAUUCACUUCAUGAGAACUUGAACAAAGUUGUCGAUUAUCAGACACACCAUCGGUUGAGGGAGUCUCAGGGUCGUAAACGAGCAGAGGAUCUGAAUGAAAGAGUCUUUCUCUGGGCAGUUGGAGAGACUUUUGCCAUUAUUGUUAUAGGAAUUGGUCAAGUUGUGAUUCUUAAGAACUUUUUUAGUGAGAAGAAACCAUCCCAAAUGAUGUUUAGUUAACUGUAUUUA